CGCGUCGUAGACAAACACGGCAGCCGAAUACUGCAGCGUGUGUGGUGUUGAUGAGUUGUAUGGGAUAUUUUACCGUGCUGAAGGUGAAUGUAUCUUUGCGAAGCAUCAACACCAUUGAAGAUUAAUUGGACAUAAAUUUCUAAGCAACGACAAGCAGGACGGCAGACGGGGACUGGCCGGCGUGAGAGCAGCGAGCGAGCGUGCCGGCGCGCCGCGCUCCCAGCAGAGACCAGCUGGCCCGACUCAGCAACCGUAUGACGGUCGCCAUGCGCGGCGGCCCGGCCGAGCAGCCGCCCGGGCCCGGCGGCGAUCCCAGCAACAACAACACGGGUGGCGACUCUGAGCCUCCCGCGGGUCCGCCGGCGGCCGGCGGCUCGGCAGACGGCGGCCCGGAGCCGGCCUCGGACGCCGAGCCCGAGUUCCCGGUGGCUGAACUGGCGCGGCUCGAGGAGAUGAUCUCUCGGCCGCGCUGGGUGAUCCCGGUGCUGCCCGGCGGCGAACUGGAGGUGCUGCUCAACGCCGCCAUCGACCUCUGCAAGCGAGGUCUGGACACACGUAGCGAGCCGUGCCAGCGCUUCUUCCGUGAUGGGCUGACCACGUCGUUCACAAAAAUUCUCACGGAUGACGCCGUCAGCGGGUGGAAGUUUGAGAUACACAAAUGUAUUAGCAAAAACUGUGAGCGGCUCAUCGAGUUGUGUGUGACAAAGCUGAACGACGAUUGGUUCUGUUUGCUAGAUCUACUCGCCAUGGUGUUCAACCCACAGAACAAGUUCCACACGUUUAACAGUACGCGGGCCUCCGAGUCCGUGCCACCGGGCGGCGGCGGCGCCCCCGAGGAGGUGCUUUUCGCCCGGCCGCCCGACCCGCGGAUGCCGCGCGGAUGGCUCGUCGACCUCAUUAACCUGUUCGGGUCGCUGGGUGGGUUCCGUCUGCUGUUGGAGAGGUUCCAGAGCGGCCGAGACCUCACCGUCAUCACCAUCUUCGCGCUGAUCCGGCCCGUGGGCAUGUGCUACGAACUGCUCACCGUGCAUACCAUCGAGAAGUACAUACUGCCCAUCGUGGAGAUCGUGCCCACCUUCCUCGAGAAACUCUCCGACGACGAGCUCAAGAAGGAGGCCAAGAAUGAGGCCAAAAACGACGCUCUCUCAUCGAUCGUCAAACUGCUGAAGGGGCUGGCCGGCCGCGCACCCGGUCAGGAGGACACGGUCAAGUCGCUAGAGAUGUUCCGGCUCAAGAUGAUACUCAGGCUGCUGCAAAUAUCGUCGUUUAACGGCAAGAUGAACGCUCUGAAUGAGGUGAACAAGGUGAUCGGCAACAUGGCCAACUACUCGUACGGCCGCGGCGUGGGCGACGACGACGAGUGGCUCACCGCCGACAAAAUGGCGGAAUGGAUCAAGGAGAACAAGGUGCUGCAGAUCGUUCUGCGGGACUCGCUGCAUCAGCCGCAGUAUGUGGAAAAGCUCGAGAAAAUUAUUAGGUUUAUAAUUAAGGAGAAGGCGCUGACGCUGGAGGACCUCGACUCGCUGUGGGCGGCCCAGUCGGGAAAGCACGAGGCCAUCGUCAAGAACGUGCACGACCUGCUGGCCAAGCUGGCCUGGGACUUUUCCCCCGAGCAGCUGGACCAUCUGUUCGGCCGGUUUCAGGCCUCGUGGGCGAACGCCACCAAGAAGCAGCGCGAGCGUCUGCUGGAGCUGAUCCGCCGACUGGCGGAGGACGACAAGGACGGUGUGAUGGCGCACAAGGUGCUGAACCUGCUGUGGAGCCUGGCGCACUCGGACGACGUACCGACGGAGAUCAUGGACCAGGCGCUCAGCGCGCACAUGAAGAUCCUCGACUACAGCUGCUCGCAGGACCGUGACGCCCAGAAGACCAAGUGGCUGGACCAGUGUGUGGAGGAGCUCAAGUCGGACAAGUGGGUGCUGCCGACGCUGAAACAGAUCCGCGACAUCUGCUGCCUGUACCAGGAGGCGCCGCCCAGCUACUCACACACGCAGCGCAACUCACAGCACGGGUCGCACAGACACGAGAUCAUCAACCAGCUGCAGUCGCAGCACUCGCUGGUGGUGGUGAUCACGGAGAACCUCACCAACUACGUGCAGCGGAUGCGCGAACUGGCUAGCACGAAAACGGACAUUGACGUGAACACGUACUGUCCGGACGGCCGCUACAACCACAUGCAGCAGAUCGAGCAGCGACUCAACUUCCUGCGCUUCCUACUCAAGGACGGCCAGCUGUGGCUGUGCGCGCCCCAGGCCCACCAGAUCUGGUCCUGCCUGGCCGAGCGGGCCGUGUUCCCGGCCGACCGCGAGGUCUGCUUCAAGUGGUUCAGCAAGCUGAUGGGCGACGAGCCCGACCUCGACCCCAACAUCAACCAGGAGUUCUUCAAGCAGAACAUCUUGCAGCUGGACCCAGCGCUGCUCACCGAGAGCGGCAUCAAGUGUUUCGACAAGUUCUUCAAGGCGGUGAACCAGAAGGCGGGGAAGCUGGUACCCAAGCGUCGCACGUUUCUGAUGGAGGACGAGGAGCUGAUCGGACUCGACUACAUCUGGCGGGUGGUGAUGAACGGCAGUGACGAGAUCGCCAACAAGGCCAUCGAGCUGCUGCGCGAGGUGUACACCAACCUGGGGCCGCAGCUCCAGACACAGCAGAAGAACAUCCACGCCGACUUCAUCGCCAACUGCAUGGACCGCCUGCGGGCCAGCUACGACACGCUGCUGCUGCUGGAACGGGAGCGGGACUCGUCGCCGGCCUUCCAGCGCGUGGCCACCGUGCUCUGCCGCGUGCUCAAGGUGCUCCGCGAGUACAUCGUCGAGUGCGACAAGGAGUACGGCGACGAGCGCGUCUUCCUGCCGCUCUUCAGGGCGUACCACGGCAAGCACGUGAGCCUGGUGAUCCGGCUGCCGGCGCAGGGGCGCAGCUAUGACUUCACGGUCGAGUCGCAUACUCAGGAGACGCUGGCGUCGGUGCGCCGGCGCGUGCUGCACAAGGUCAAGGCCAGUCCGCAGGCGUUCAAAGUGGAACUCUACAUCAACGGCGACACGAUUGACCACGCCGAGGACAAGAAGUGCAUUGGCGAGAUCCCUGUGAUCAGGGAUGAGACGGUGCUGACUGCCAAACUGUGCUCGACGAGCGGCGCGGGCACGGCGGGCGGCGGCGGCGGCGGUGGCGGCGGAGGUGGUAACAUGCCCUCGUCUCCGGACAGUAGCUCGGACAGCUCUGCGCCGUCCCCGCAGCACCCGUGCGACGGACCCAAUGUGGAGGCAGAGAGCGGCCUGCCCGGCGUGAUCCUGUCUCAGCAGGAGAAGUACGUGGAGUUCCUGCUGCGUCUGGCCGACCUCGGCUGCCGCGUGGGACACGCGCCGCUGCGGGACGCCGCUCGCAGCGUGCUGCAGAUGGCGCCCGCCGGACGCAGCACCGUCGACCAGCUGCAGACGGCGUGCCAGGAGGCCGGCGAGCGGCGGCCCGACGCGCCCGUCUGCUCACUGGAAGGCAUCUUCUUCUCGCCGUCACCGGCGCAGGUUCUCUACUCACUCGAGGUGCUCUACAGUCUUCUGAUGCCCGCCGACGGGCCCCUCUCGGACAAGUGCUGUGAGUUUCACCGCCAGUUUCUCAAGAGCGGCGGCGGAACAGUCGUCCUUGACAUGCUGAACAAGAAUAACUUCCUGUCGGGCGCCGACCUGGCCACGCGACGGUUGGCCUUCCUGACGGUGCUGCGUCUCACCAAGCUGGUCCUCUCCACCGUGGGGUUCGCCUCUGCCCAGCUGACGGGCGAGACGGGCGACACGGCUCUGCAGCAGGCGGUGAUCCUGCCCGGCUCCGAGUGUACACUGCGCAAUGUGGCCAUCACGGUGGCACAGAAAAUGGGAGACACGAUCACGUCUGUGAUCCCGGAGCUGGGUCACAUCCAGCUGGUGAUGAAGCUGGUGUGGGCGUCGAGCUGCGAGCAGCUGCAGGCCGCUGACCGACAGCCGACCGAGCUGCGCCAGCUGCUGCAGGCCGUGGACACCGAGACGCCGCCGGCCGAUAGCGAUAGACAUGACCUGGACGUGUGCCGUGAGGGUCUGGAGACGUUCUCUGUGGCGCUGUGCCUGCGGCCCGACAUCCUGGAGGCCCUCACUAGAGAGACCUACUUCCAGGACUUCAUAGUCGACCUGGUGCUCAUCUGCCGCAACCGCGUUGUGCGUGUGUGUGCGGCGGAGCAGUUCUCCCUUAUCGCCAUGCGCUGCAGCAACAACAGCAGCGGGCUCAUCUUCUUCAUCAACCUGCUGUUCUCUAUGUUGAACAGCAAAGCCAAAGAGAAUGCACCCAACUCUCAGGAGUACUUUCAGCUGCUGUGCCGGCUGCUCGAGUGCGCCUGCCAUCACGGAGUCACCGUGCCCGGCGUGGACAAACUGCUGCACGCAGAGAUCGCCUGGCUGCAGCACGUCAAGGAGCGGCACCGUGACCCGUCUGUGACGGAGCCGGUGGAUGAGCUGCUGAUGGAGGGGCACCUGCGCGUCACACGCGAGCUGCUCGCCUUCCUCACACCCGAACAAAAGCUGGCGGUGGGCAGCGACCCGGGCACCCUGGUGACGGACCUGCUGGAGAACUUCCUGCUGACCAACUCUGUGAUGCUGCUCCGGCUGGAGACGACGGGCGAGCUGCCCGACCAGCUGCCGACGCCCAUCUGCUACUCUGCUGCCACCGGCGUAGCGGCGUUCGACGUGCUGGUGGCGCUGUGUACCGGCUGUGUGCAGAACCUCCGUCUCGUGGUCGACACUCUCAUCGAGAUGUACUACAGCGACCGCGAGGAGCCCAUCACCGAGUGGGAGUACACGCCGCCCGUCGGCAAGCGGCCCGCCGGCGGCUUUGUCGGCCUCAAGAACGCCGGCGCCACGUGCUACAUGAACUCGGUGCUGCAGCAGCUCUACAUGAUCGAGCGCGUGCGGACGGGCGUGCUGGCCGCCGAGGGGGCGUGCACGGACCCCGACGAGGACUUUACCGGCGAGGAGCGCGCCGAUAACGAGAUCCAGUUCAGCGAGACGGACACGGAGGAGCGUCGGACCGAGACGCAGCGCGACUACAACAUCGGCAUCCUGAAGUGGCUGCAGGCCAUCUUCGGCCACCUGGCCGGCAGCAAGCUGCAGUACUACAUCCCACGCGGACUCUGGAAACACUUCAAACUGCAGGGCGAGCCGGUGAACCUCAGAGAGCAGCACGACGCCAUCGAGUUCUUUAUAUCGCUGGUGGACUCUGUGGACGAGGCGCUCAAGGCGCUCUCCCAGCCGCUGGUCAUGUCUCGCGUGCUCGGUGGCACCUUCUCCGAUCAGAAAAUCUGCAAACAGUGCCCGCACAGGUACUCCAAGGAGGAUCCGUUUACCGUUCUGAACGUGGACAUUCGCAACUUUACCAGCCUGACGGAGUCGCUGGACCAGUACGUCAAGGGUGAUCUACUGGAGGGCGCCAACGCCUACCACUGUGAUAAGUGCAACCGAAAGGUGGACACUGUGAAGCGAACCUGCAUCAAGAAGCUGCCGCCGACGCUGUGCAUCCAGCUGAAGCGCUUCGACUACGACUGGGAGCGGGAGUGUGCAAUAAAGUUCAACGACUACUUUGAGUUCCCGCGCCAGCUGGACAUGGAGCCUUAUACCGUGCGCGGCCUGGCGCGGAUCGAGGGGGAGCUGAUUGACGGCGAUCCCGAGGAGCUCACCCGCACCGUGUGCUCCACCUACGAGCUGACGGGCAUCGUGGUGCACAGCGGCCAGGCCAGCGGCGGCCACUACUACAGCUACAUACUGCACAGGAACGCCGAGGGCGGCCGGCAGUGGUACAAGUUUGACGACUACGACGUGUCCGAGUGUCGGAUGGAGGACGACGAGGAGAUGAAGACGCAGUGCUUCGGCGGAGAGUACGUCGGCGAGGUGUUUGACCAGAUGAUGAAGAGGAUGUCGUCCCGGCGCCAGAAGCGCUGGUGGAACGCCUACAUCCUGUUCUACACCCGGACGGACACGGACGCGCCGCCGCCGCCGGCCGCCGGCUCGGCCUCUGCCGACGGCGGACCGCAGCUCACCGCCCAGAUGAAGCAGCUCUCAAUCACGGACAUGGCCUCCGUCAGCCAAAUCAAAAUGCCGGCGCCGAUACAGCGCAGCAUUCGCCGGCAAAACAUCCGCUUCCUGCACACCAAGAACCAGUUCUUCGGCGAGUUUGUCCAGUUCAUCCGCAAGCUGGUGGGCUGCAACAGCGUCGGACAGCUGCCGCAGCACGUCAAACCGAGCUCCGACUCGGAGCAGAUGGCGCUCAUGUCUGUUCAGCUGGCGGCGCGCUUCCUGUUCACGGUGGGCCUGCACAUGAAGAAGGCCGUACGCGGCCCUACGUGCGAGUGGUACGAGGCGCUGCUGCCACACCUCACCCACUCGGCUGCCGCGCGCUCCUGGCUGGCCCAGCACGUGCUCUUCGUCAACGGUGGCAGCCGGUUCUGCGAGUACCUGCUCGAGUGUCCCAGCUCGGAGGUGCGCUCCACGUUCGCCAAGCUACUGGUGCUGCUGGCUCGUCACUCGACCCAGCAGCCGGCGCCGACGCUCUGCCAGACGCCGACCGUGGCGCCCGAGACCAACGGCCUGUCGACAUCAGAGGGCGGCGGCAGUCCGGAUGGCGGCGUCGGCUCCCUCUCAGAAGCAGUCGUGCACGCCGUUCUCGGCCUGCUGAAGAAGGACGUGGCCGAACACGGUCGCCACCUGCCGCAGUACUUUAGCUUCUUCCUGCUGUAUGCCUCGUGCGGGAUCCGCGAGCGCACCCACCUGCUCAAGCUGCAGAUUCCCGCCACUCUGAUGCUGGUGGCCCUGGAGGAGGGCCCCGGGCCGCCCAUCAAGUUCCAGUACGCCGACCUCAGCAAGCUGUACCAGACGGUGGCUCUGCUGGUGCGCUGCUGCGACAUCAGCUCAAAGAUGACCUCCUCUCAGCCGGGUGUGGCGCCGCUGCCGAACCCGCACGGCGACCCCGACUGCCCGACGCCAAUCAUGCCCAUCCAGCCGGCCGUGGACGAGAUCCUCUUCACCCGCGCCAGCUACCUGAAGAAGAUAAUCGAGGACGCCGGCACGGUGGAGGAGACGGGCCAGCUGCUGCGCUACUGCACCUGGGAGAACCCGGCCUUCUCCAGCAUGGCGCUGACGGAGCUGCUCUGGCAGAUAUCGUACAGCUACAACUACGAGCUGCGCCCCUACCUGGAGCUGCUGCUGCAGCUGCUGCUCGUCGAGGACAGCUGGCAGACGCAGCGCAUCCUCAACGCGCUCAAGGGCACUCAGGACGAGCGGGAGGGCCGCGAGGGCCUGUUCGACACGAUUCAGCGCUUCAAGAACCACUACCAGAAGCGCGCCUACCAGUGCAUCAAGUGUCUGGUGGAGCUGUUCUCGCGCUCGCCGGUCGGCCAGCGCGUGCUGCACGCCAGCCCCGAGUUCCGGCGCAAGUGGUACGAGGCUGUCGACUGGCUCAAGGAGGAGCUGGACAGGCGGCCGUUCCAGUCGACUCCGCAGUACGGCUACACCUGGUCUCCGCCCACACAGAGCAACGAGACGUCCAACGGGUACUUCCUGGAGCGCAGCCACUCGGCGCUCAUGUGCCUCGAGAAGGCCGACGAACUCUGCCCAGAAGAGCCGGAGGGUGACGAGCUAGAGGAGGAUUCUCAGCGGCCGGCCGGCGACCCGUCCGACCCGGCCGGGGGCCCCCAGCCGCCGCCGCCGCCGCCGCCGCCGGCCGCCGGUCACGUACCGCCGCAGCCGCAGCCGCAGCCGCCCAAACCAGCCAGCUUCAAGUCACCCGAUGCGAACGACAACUGACGACACGCGCCCGCCGCCAGCCCGCAGGCAUUUCCGUGACUGUGCCGGGGCCCCACGCUCGCCGCUCUCCUCUCCUCUGCGCUGCCGCCCCGCCCCGCCCCGCCCCGCCCCCCGUUUCUUUCUGUCGGACGCUCGGCACGUCUGCCCUCUCAGUGGCGCCGCCAGUGGGGCCCGGGCACCGCGAAGCGUUACUGUGAUUUAUGCCUUACUACCGAGCGGCGCAGCGCCGACACCUGGCGGACGGUUUUGUAAGUCGUGCUUCGCCCCCGGACCGCUCGGCGCCGUGCCGAUCGCUUCUAGUCCACGCGCGGUAGCAUAAGUGAGAGAGAGAGAGCGCGUCGAACAGUUACUAUUUAUCAGUGGUUUUAUUGCGACUGGAGUAAUAUAUUAGCAGUGUUGUUUGCCUGCAAUAUGGCGCAAACGGUGCUGUGAUCAGAGAGCGAUGAGCAAGAGAGGGCGGCGCUGCGCCGCCCGCGCGGCCCGGCCGGGCGACGCGCCCUACCGGAGUGACAGGGAGCGCAGCCGAGAGCGAGCGAGAGAGAGAACCAGAGACCGAGUGUGUUGAAGACAGUGGCGGCGGCCCGCCUGACUGCGAUGCAGUGGUCGCCGCCGGCCGCCGGCCGCGGCUGUGCCGCAUCGGACGCUGCCCGCGCAACAUGAGUUGUGGUAUUAUGAUAAAUAUCGUAGUAUACCUCUGUUGUUUUAGUCGAUAACCGGGAGAUUCGUCGAUCGCGGCGCACAUCGGUCGCGACAUGAAGUUUUGUUUGGCAGACCAGCCGCGAUGUGACGCUAAUUUCAUGGCCGCUUGUCCGUGGAUUUUCUAAGAAUUAUUUUCCAUGAGUGAAAAUGCUGUUCUUAAUGAAAUAAAGUCUGUGUUAUUUAGAUACGCGCAAAACGAA